AUGCCCCUAGCGUGGAUCGGUGGUCGUGGCCCUCGUGACGGGGUGAAUGGUCUGGAUCGGCUGGCGUGGCCGAAUGUCCGGGUGGAUGCCCACGGGCGCCACUGGGCAUUUUGCCUGGGAAGCACCUGUCUCCUCGCGAUCCUCUGGUUUCUCGUCGACCGAGAUCUUCACGAGGCUGCCUGGAUACGACAGUGGGAUCGAAUCGGCUCCGCGAACCGACAACUGCACCUCGUGCUCGUCGAAAACCUUCCGGCCGGCUAUCGGGACGCAUCAUCACUGGGGACGUGGUAUCGACAGCAGCUCGGGGACGUCCUCGAGGGCGUAUACGUCAUCGAGGAUGCGACAGAACUGGCGAGGCACAUGGCGGACGCGAAGGAGACCGGCGAGAAAGAGCGACGACUGUCACAAAGGAUCGCUCGCUCCCGGACGGGUCCACCUGGGGAGGACUGUGACGCGAAGGGCGUCAUCGUGCAGGCACACCAGUCUCUCCUCCGCCUCAAGGGGAGCCCCUCGGCCCUCAUCCAGUUCAAGGAUGGCCGCAUUGCGUGGUAUGUCGCUCACACGGUGAGUUGGCCCCAAGCAGGCCACAUGCGCCCACACCUCCUGGACGGGUCGGUCGACGACCUCGUCUUCGAGAAUCUGGGUCCUUCCUGGGAGGCCGCGGGCUCCUCCAGCGCGGUGGGUUCGGUCGUGAUAGCCGCCUCGAUGGCGCUCUGCGCCCCACUCAUCUCCAUGACCGGCACCCUGUCCCAGCUCGACUCGGUUGCACGGCUCGUCCCCCACGGCCAGGUCAUCCUGGCAUGGCCCUCUUGGUUGAAGGGUCUGGUUCAGGGCGUCGCGCCUCAGUUGGCGGUGACCUGCAUCUUGGGUAUCUUUCCCCACGUCCUGCGCGCUAUCGUCCGACGACAGAGGCGUCCCACCGCGCUCGAGGUCGAGUUGGCGGUCGACAAGUGGUACUACGACUUCCUCUUUGUCUUUCUCGUGCUCAAUGUCUCCAUCUCGGUCGCCGUGACCACGCUUUUGGCGCAGGUCGCCGACAACGUGAGAAGCAUUCCCUUCAUCCUCGCGGAGAACCUUCCGAAGGCAGCGACCUACUUUUCCUCUUACGUCGUGACGUCGACCCUUCUCGCGUGCGGGCGCGACCUGUCUCAGCAAAUCUCCCUUCUCCGUUAUGCCGUGGGCCGCCUUUGGUCACCUCGCUGGACAUCACCGUCGCCGACACUGGACUCCCUCCAGUGGGGAUUUGUCUACCCGCGCGUGGAGAUCGUGGCCUGUAUCGUGAUCGUCUAUGGUCCCUCGUCCCCUUUGAUUCUGCCCCUGGCGUUUCUCUCCUGUGCGCUGAUGUCUCUUUCCUACCGUUAUCUCCUUCUCUACGUGGUGCGUGUUGAGGUCGAGACCGAGGGGAAACUCUACCUCCUGGCUAUACGUCAUCUGUUGUUUGCCAUGGGCGUCCAACAGGUCUACUGUCUGGGGUUGUUCUCGCUCAACGCGGUCGACACGGGCUCUCCACACAGCUUUGUGCAGGCGGCGAUCGUGGCGGUGUCUGGUCUGGUCACCUUUCUGCUCGAUCGCCACGUUCGCCGUCAAUUUUCGCCCUUGUUUGUGUACAAACCCUGGAGCGGGAUGACCGUCGGGUGCAUCCACGACCGUGCUGGCCAAGAACAGGCGCGAAGGGCGGAGAAAAUCGUGCGGGAGGCUCGAGCCACGUUGGCGCUCCGAGCUUGUGCUGUCGAUGUGGAGCACUAG